CUGAUUUCCUGCCUCUGUAGCACCACCGACCUCUCGCCUUCCAGGGACUGGGCUCUUACUCACCGCUCUGACCAUACGCCGUGUAAUAUCCAACACAGACGUCUUCCCUUCCCCACCUUUUCCCCCCUUUUCCCAUUAUUAUUUUUUUUAAACAUAUUGCACUACAUGUUUGGGAAACAAGACAAAAUGGACGUUAGAUGCAAUUCAGAGCUUGAUGCCAACCGGGUUUCCAAGAACGGACAUAAAGAGGGCAAGGAAGGCAAAGGAUCCGAGGGAACUAUUUCCACUUCGUUUCUGAAGGAUCAACAAGGGACUUUUUCAGCUUCUGGCGUCUCCGAAGAUUGCAGUAAAAGUAAAUCGAGUUCCGCUGACCCGGAUUAUUGCAGAAGAAUACUAGUCCGAGAUGCCAAAGGUUCAAUAAGAGAGAUUAUUCUCCCGAAAGGCCUUGAUCUGGACCGGCCCAAAAGGACCCGCACAUCCUUCACGGCGGAACAGCUGUACAGGCUUGAGAUGGAGUUCCAGAGGUGUCAAUACGUGGUUGGACGGGAGAGGACCGAGCUAGCCAGGCAGCUCAAUCUCUCAGAAACUCAGGUCAAAGUCUGGUUCCAGAACCGACGCACCAAGCAGAAGAAAGACCAAGGCAAAGACUCGGAGCUGAAAUCCGUGGUGUCCGAGACGGCGGCGACUUGCAGCGUCCUGAGGCUGCUGGAGCAAGGGCGGCUGCUCUCCCCUCCCGGCUUGCCCGGCCUCCUCCCGCCCUGCGCCACCAGCGCCUUGGGCUCGGCCUUGCGAGCCCCCAGCCUCGCCAGCGGCACCGGCGGCGGCUCCGGGUCGGGGACUGCGGGCGGCUCCCCACACCAGCCGGCCGUCAGCAGCGCGGCCGGACCAGCCCACCCCUCCCCUCCCGGGGGCCACAACCUCUUCAGCCUUCCGGUGCCCACUCUGCUGGGCUCGGUGGCCAGCCGCCUCUCCUCCAACCCUUUAGCCAUGGCGGGAUCCCUGGCAGGGAACUUGCAAGAACUGUCCGCCAGAUACCUGAGCUCUUCCGCCUUCGAGCCCUACUCCAGGACCGCCAAUAAAGAAGGCGCUGACAAAAAGGCACUGGACUGACUCGAAGUAACUCUCUGUGUAUUUCUAUUUAUAGUAUCUAUUUGUGGCGAUUAUUUAUGGAACAUCCACACGUUAGGAGCCCUUCCCAGUUCCUCCUCCUCCUCCAAAAUGCAUCUCUCCCACACGCUGUUCUAACCCUUUCAGAUCCGAUCCUACCCACAAGUCGCCUCCCGGGAUCACACUUGACCCCUGCCGCCCCCCCCCCUCCCCGCCUGCCAACGAAUGGACCAUCAAUUUUCAACCCAGGAAGCCUGGCAAAAUGGACUAGAUCAGAGAAACAAAGCGAUCGCUGCAGCCACGAAGUCACCCGCCCAAGCCAGACACGGGCAGGCCGCGCAGACGAAGAGGCCAAGAACUGGAGUGGGUGGGGAGGAAGACGACUGGUGGUAUUGAUGACCCUACACUGGUUGUAAUUUUAGAAAUCGAGGUGGGGAGAAUGCAGUUAAGGUGGGACAAUAGCCUGGAGUGUGUGUGUGGGUCAGAGGAGGGGAUUACUCCUUAAAAUGAAGACUUGUACUUCAAUUUGACUCUCAGUGUGAUCAUGCUCCGCUUUUUGAAGCUGGUGUUUGCGGAGAGGUGUGUCUACUGCGAAACGCUCUUAAAGGGGCGAGGUUGGCGGAAGUUAAAAGAGUUCUCGUGUUUGUGUUUGUAUGUAUCUACACAUGCAAACACGCACACACACCAUUCAGUCAUAGUUGUUCGAUGCUGGAAGGAAAAAUUCUCCUGAAAGCAGACCUUUCUUAUUUAUAGGAGCGCCCCCUUUCUUAUUCCGAACCAAUACAAGCCUCCCCAUGGGUGACUAUUGUUCAUUUCUGCAGUAAAAAAAACUUGUUCAAAGUUAUUUUGCAUAACUUUCAAGAUGCACGACGUUUCCCCGCCCCAAUUUUACCAAAAAAAAAAAAAAAUCUUGGAAACUAAUCCCUUGAGGGGUGCAGCGCAAUCCUAAGGAUGUUUAUUGAGGAGUCCCGCUUGAAUGGAAUUUACGCCCGUAAAUGUGCAUAGGAUCGGAGUUCCAUCCACGCUAAAUAAACACAGACAUGUUGAAAUCUGAUGAAUUGUGAAACAAGCCUCCUUGUGACCAAAAACAAAGUCUUAGUCAAGGCUUGUUGGUGGUCUUAAAAAAUAAAAACUGCAAUACGUUCGUGGCAAGAUCCUCCUAGCCUUUGUUUUAUCACGCACUGAGAAGCAGGGCAACUUAUUUAAGUUUUUCUUUAUAUCCCAUUGACUCAGCGUGGACGUACAGAACGGAAGUUUGAGAAAAUCCUUACAGUCCGAUGCAGAACUGCAUUCGGAAUUUAAUUCUUAAAAAAAACAAAAACACCCAAACCCCUGCCCAUCUAAUGAUAUACAACUGGUAACGAAUAAGAGUAAUGCCGGAGGAAAACAUGACUGAGAUUUUGUUUCUAGAACUCGCCUAACACCCACAUUAGUAUUUGAUUCUUUCUCAUAUAAGAUGGGCCUAAAUUAAAGUUUCUGGUCCCCCCAUUUGAACAAUUUCUUCAUAAAGGGGUUAGAAUCAAAUUAAAGUCAAGACUAAAUACAAAAAGAUCGUUAUUAUCCGAUUUCAUUUUAAAGCCAAUGGAAAAUUAAAAAAAAGUAUCCUAUUUCAUUUUGUAUUUAAAUUCCCCCCUAACAACUGUUACGUUGUGGAGGGGGGCGUUGCCCUAAUUACCCACACUGUAUGUGUUCCAAGAUUUUUUUUUUUUUUAAAAAACAUUGUAUGUAUUCCAAGAUUAUUUUUUUAAACAUGAAAUUCCAGGACUUGAAAUUUGACGGGGGGUGGGGGGGACACAAGCCCAUGCCGUGUAUUGAACUGGUUGCUUUUUUAUUUCAUUUUAUUUAAAAAACAACAACAUUUGAUACAAUGCGUUUACAGACUGUAUAAAUAUGUGCCACCAAACUUUUUAACCAAAAAAGGGCAAAAAAGUGGAAUGGUUGAUGUAGUGCAUAGAAUUAAUUCUAGAACAGAAAGAACUAAAGAGAGAAGAGCGAGAGAGCAAAACGAAAACCCUCAUAGUAAAUUUAUUGUAAAUUAUUUACGUCUGAAAUUUCUAGGCAACUAGUGAAGAAAAUAAUGAAUGAAUCUGUGGCUGAAGGUGAAGGCCUCUGCUACUAACCCUUGUUCUGAAUGUUUUGGAUAUUUGGCUGUUUUGUAUUUAUGUGGUGAGAGUGAAAUAUAUUAUAUCUAUAUGAUGGCAAA